AUGAUCCACUCGUCUCGAUGGGAUGUAAAACCAGUUGUUCCGCGAAAGCUUCUCCGCUUUCAUAAAAGAGUCAAGUUCGUCUGCCUCGUCUUGUAUGUUUUUACGUCUUUAGAUAAACAUUACGCGAUGAGAAAAAGAAACCGGUUUUUUCUUCUCGUUUGCGAGGAUAAAUUCAAAUCUAACGUCACUCAAACGCAACUCAUCGCAAAUGCAAUCGAUGCAGAUGAAGAAGGAAUGAAAGAAUUGAUGGAGAUUGCCAUGGAUUUUUAUGAUAUAUGA